GCUGGCUGUCCUUGGGUGCCGCCGCCCCUCUGCCUCUAGCUCUUUUCUCUGGUACUUUUUAAGAAUCACUGCAAAUCAAAGCACUACUUAUUAUGCUUCUUUCUAGGAGCAAGUUCAGAAGGAAACAGAUAUGGCCAGCAACCACAGGCCUCCAACAGCACGUCCUUCUUCAAGAGGAGGAGUAGGGGUGACAGCAAGGCCUGCCUCUUCGUUAAGGACUCCAUCCGCAACCAGAACAGGAACAGCGAUGCCUCCUAGUACAUCAAGACCUGGUUCUCGUGGUGGUUCUUCAAGUACUGGAGGAGUGUUGUCAUCUCAGAUUAAAGUUGCAGACCGUCCAGUGACACAACAGGGAUUAAGUGGAAUGAAAAUGGGAAUGAAAGGUCCUCAGAGACAGAUAAUGGAUAAAACCUAUUAUCUUGGACUGCUGAGAAGCAAAAUAAGUGACCUCACAGCAGAAAUUAACAAGCUGCAAAAAGAAGUAGAAAUGUACAACCAAGAGAAUUCAGUCUAUCUGUCGUAUGAGAAAAGGGCAGAGGCUUUAGCUGGUGAAAUCAAAGAAUUUCAAGGUCAGCUAGCAGACUACAACAUGCUCGUGGAUAAACUUAACACCAGUACUGAUAUGGCAGAAAUGAUUAGUGAUUUCAAUAUGUUGAAGGUUCAGAAUGACCGGGAAGCUCAGAGUGUGGAUAUAAUUUUCACAGAAAAACAAGCCAAAGAAAAAUUAAUUCAAGCUGUGGAAGAUGAUAUUGAAUGUCAAAAAAAAGUAGCAGAUGACAUAAUAAAAGACAUGUCUCAGGAAAAUCAGAUGAAAUAUAUGGAGAUGAAGGCUGCAAAUGAAAAACUCUGCCAGGAAUUGGUUGUUCAACAGCAGGAGCUGGAUGCGCUGAAUGUAAAGGAGGAGUCUCUAAGAGCUGAAAUAGCACACUCCCAGGUGAAGCAGGAGGCUGUGAAGUUGUAUGAAAAGCUCCAUGAGCUUGAGGAACAUCGAAAUCAAAUGAUUACUGAGGACAAGAACAUGGGUUCUCCACAGGAAGAAAGAGAGAGAUUGCUAAAGCAGGUUAAAGAAGAUAAUCAAGAAAUAGCAAGCAUGGAAAGACAGCUGACAGAAGUAAAAGAAAAGACAAACCAUUUCAGAAAAGUCAUUCAACGCCUUGAUAUGGAUCUGGAGGAUCAUCAAGAAGGAGAGGAAAAUUGGAAAUACAAGGAACUGAAGAAGAGAGAAGAAAGCAUGGACAAUUUUCUUGAGACUUUUGAAGAGGUGAAGACCCAGGAACUGGAAAGAAAGGCCCAAACAGAAGCCAAUAUUAUUGCACUCUUGGAGCACUCAAGUAGGAAUGUGAAUCGAAUGAAACAAAUUUCAUCUGUUACCAAUCAAGAACUGAAGAUUAUGCAGGAAGACCUCUCUUUCAAAUCAACUGAAAUGCAGAAAUCACAGAGCACUGCUAAGAAUCUGAGUACAGAGAGUCAAAGACUGCAGAUGGAUCUGCAGAAGAUGGAACUCUUGGAAGGCAAGAUGGUUGAUGAACUGGCUUCUCUUAAAGACAAAAUUGAACAAACUAAAAAGGACUUGGAAAUCUAUAAUAAUUUGCCUGCUCUGAAAGCAGCAGGAGAAGAGAAGAAAAAGAAACUCCAGGAUGACAAAAUAAAAUUGACAAAACGUAGUCGUGCUUUCAAGAAAAUAAUGGAAUGCUUGAAUACAGAGUAUGAGACUCUAAAGAAACAGCUGCAAGAGAAUGAGACUCAUUCUCAGCUUACAAAUUUGGAGAGGAAGUGGCAGCACCAUGAGCAAAAUAACUUUAUGAUGAAGGAAUUUAUAGCAACAAAAAGUCAGGAGACUGACUACCAGCCAAUAGUGAAGAACGUGAGAAAGCUGAUCACAGAAUAUAACAAAGCUCUCAUAGAAUCUUUACAGAACACCAAGAACUGAACCCAGACGCUUCCUUCUUGUUCAGUGGACCAUCAAUGAGAGAUGUGCACAAGUAGCAUGGAAAGCUGAGCUACUGAGCUUAUUGGCUCAGCAGUAAUGUGAUAGGUGCUCUUAAAAGUGUAUUUCCAGGUUUAUAGAAAUUACAAGUUUUAAAAGUAGUCCUUAUUUUAGAAAUGUUAAAUGUUAAUAAGUAUUUAGGAAUAUUUAGAGAUGAAUAGAAUAUAUGUUGCGUACUAGGUGUAAAAGCAUUAAAAAAUUUAUUUAGGCCUCUUGCUAGAUUUUUACUUAGGGGUGCAGUUUCAGACUGCUUUACACAAUGAAUUUGUGUAAUUGUCUUGUAGUCCUAUUCCUACAAAACAGAAUGGAAGUCUUCCCUGGAAAAGGACUGUCUGGGCUUUUAUACACAUUGAUAUUGAAUGAAAGUGUAUAAUAAAAUAAGUGAUUCUUCAGCUAACAUAUAUAAGCAUGCCUUCUCUAAAUAGCAAUUUAUGGUGAUGAAGGACAAUAGCUAAGAACAAAAGGACUCCUUAAAUUAGGAUGCUUUCACAUUAUAAAAUCUCAUAGCAAAAAUAAGCAUGUUUUAAAGAUGUAUCAAGUGUAUCAACAAAUAUUCAAUUCCUAAAGGAGAACUGAUUAAUUUCUGGAGCAUCAUCUUAUUUUAUAUGUUUUUAAUGUGGUUAUGAGGAGAGAACUGCAAUAAAAAUGUAGUGAAACACAUAGCUAGUACUGACUUUGUACACAGCAACAAUAGUUUUGUGGUAUUCACCAAUAAAAAGUAAAGAGUAAAA